UACACACCAAGAAAGAAAUUUUCACGUCAUAAUACGAGUUCGCGUUUGCUGGCAAUUUUUUUUAUUAUUUUAAAAUGUUUAAAUACACUAAAAUAUGAAAGAAAUGAAAAUAAAUUCAUUUUAAACACAACAUAUAAGUGAUACAGUUCCAAAGUGCAAUAAAAUCGAGCUAAAACAAAAUGAAAUAAAGCAGCAAAACGAAAGCAUAGAAAAGUGAAAAAUCUAGUCAUUACAAAUUAAUUUCCUUGUUUCUUUGGCAAGCACACAACCCACAACGACGACAACCAGCAGAUAUACAUAUGUGUAUAUCUUUGACGGCGACUACCUUGAAUUAAACACACAACCAGUAUAUAGUUGUUAAUAAUUCGUCAGCAAAUUUCUAAAGUUUGGUGUUUUUGUGUGGAAAGUGUCGAAAAUUCGAAAAAAAAUCAUUAAAUAUGACGAAAAUGAAAAGUGCAAAUGUGAAGAAAGUCUGAAAGAAGAUGCAAAAAUACAUCAUUUAGUGCAUGAUAAUGGUUGUGAGCAAAAACAAAGAAAUUAAUGGUCUUCGAAGUGGGCAAAGAUCCUUCUCAUCGUCGCAAAUAAAAAUAUACAUAUACGCAGGCUAUAAUAGUUCAUGUGUCGUGUGAAAAGAGAGUGACAUAACGUUAUAGAGAGAGAGAAGAGUAAGAGAGACCAAAGUGGAAUAACAAAAUAAAUUGCAAGGGGUUGUAAAACCCCUCAAAAACACUUGUCAGUGCGUGCGCUUGUGUGUGCUGUAACUCCUUUGUAGCACCACUUAAUCUCUUCGUCCGACCGACCCAGGAGGAGUCAAGCGCGGCCAAACAACAAACCAACAAUAAUUUGACACACUACUCUUUGCUUAAAUAAAGUGUCGUGCUUUGUCAUUUAGGAAAGUAAACGAGUGAGUGCGUGUGUGUGUUUGUUGUUGCUAUCGUACUUGUGGUCUGCUGCUUUGUUGGUUUGACAAGUGCAGAUAAAUUUUCGCAAAAAAGGAAGAAAAAUGGAUAACGACGACGCAUUACUCAACAAUAGAGGUCCUCAGCCUGGUGCUGAGACCGUGUAUGGCACCGAUGACAACAACAUGGUCAUGUCCGAAAAGAGCGAAGAGGUUGUCAGCAUCGUGCAACAAUUAGCCGGAAGUAUUUAUCAAGAAUUUGAACGUAUGAUAAAUUGCUACGAUGAAGAUGUGGUAAAGAAUUUAAUGCCUUUACUGGUAAAUGUAUUGGAAUGCCUGGAUGCAUCAUAUCGAAUAAAUCAGGAACAGGAUGUGGAAUUAGAAUUGCUGCGCGAAGACAAUGAACAAUUGGUCACACAAUAUGAAAGGGAGAAGAGUGCGCGGAAACAGUCCGAGCAGAAGUUGCUCGAAUCGGAGGAUUUGGCGGAGCAAGAAAACAAAGAAUUAGCCAGUCGUCUCGAGUCACUGGAGAGUAUAGUGCGAAUGUUAGAAUUAAAACAUAAAAAUAGUUUAGAACAUGCCAGUCGUUUGGAGGAACGUGAAUCCGAUUUAAAAAAGGAAUACCAUAAACUGCAUGAACGGUACACGGAACUUUUCAAAAAUCAUGUAGAUUAUAUGGAACGUACCAAAAUGCUAAUGGGUUCCACACAUUCCCAGAUGAGUUCGACAUCAGAACGCAUGGAAUUGAGUCGGGCUAGAUUAAAUCCCGUUGCUAGAUCAUCUGGCCCCGUCUCCUUUGGAUUUGCAUCAUUGGAAAAUUCCGCUAUGUUGGAUACGGAAACUAUUUGCAGUGUUGGCAGUAAUUCCGAUGAUUCAGGACCACCAUCGUUGCAAAAUGAAUUCGAUAGUUUGCAUACCGUUGAAAGAGCAGCCGAAACUGAUACAUUGCAACAACAAAAUCAAGCCACAUCACCUCAAAGUGAUAGUAGUCCCAUUGUGCCAAAUAUUCCAUCAAAUGUUGGUCGUACCACCACUAAAAAGGAACAACGCUCUGCCAAUAACCUUUACCAAGAGCUGUCCUUUCAAGAUAAUGAAGAGAGCGAAGACAAUGAAAUUGUUACAGGGAGCUGGGUACAUCCUGGGGAAUAUGCUUCUUCAGCUAAUGACAACUACUUUGGGAUGGGCAAAGAGGUGGAAAAUCUCAUUAUGGAGAACAACGAGCUACUGGCCACUAAGAAUGCUCUUAACAUUGUCAAGGAUGAUUUGAUAGCUCGUGUAGAUGAGCUAACGGGAGAAAUUGAAAUAUUGCGUGAAGAGCUCAAUGCUAUGCAACAAUCGCGAAGCAAAUUACGUACCAAAGUUCAGGAAUUGGAGGAGGAAUUGAAGAAAACCAAAGAGCAAGUGAAACAGCAAAGUGACAAUGAUCAAGAAGAGAACGAUGUUCCAUUGGCUCAACGUAAACGCUUUACACGCGUCGAAAUGGCUAUGGUUCUUAUGGAACGUAAUCAAUAUAAGGAGCGUUUGAUGGAAUUGCAAGAAGCAGUGCGUUUAACCGAAAUUCUAAGAGCCUCACGUACCGUCGAUAACUUGGAUAAAAAAUCAAAGCAAAGCAUUUGGAAAUAUUUUAGUAGUCUUUUUACCCCCUCCAAUCGCCCUCAAGAACGUGUCAGUGAUGGGCAAGGAGGGGGUCCUAUUUUUCGUUACUCAAGCCCAUCCCACUCACACGGAUCACCCAGUAGAAAUAGCGAAAGUCGCCUUGCCAUAACCGGCGGUCGUGAUGGAGGGCCACCUCCCCACCCCGCCAGUGCUGGCUUGGCGAAUGCUCUUGCCAACAAGGACUACGCCGAAGAAGGCACCUCUGAAAGGGCAAGAGCCAGACGCCAUGAGCAAUAUCGCCAACUGAGAGCUCAUGUUCAAAAGGAAGAUGGUCGCUUGCAUGCCUAUGGUUGGAGUUUGCCCGUCAACAAGGCCGAAAAGGAACAACAAACACGACAUUCAGGUGGUGUGCCCGUACCCGUUUAUUGUAAUCCCUUGGCAGAAGCUUCACCUCAUAUGAAAGUAUUUUGUGCGGCUGGUGUUAAUCUUAAUGGAGGCUUCUUAAAAAAUGGUCAGUCCAUUAUACCCUCACAUUCACCGUUUGCACCUCGCUCUACAGCGAAAAUUGCUGAAAUUACUAGUCCAUCGGCGGAGCAUUCGGCCGAAGCCUUAGAUAGGCAAAUAACUCGUGCCAGCCUGGAACAUCUGGAGCCGGAAACACAAUUGACCCCCUAUGUGUGGAUUUGUACGAGUACACAUGCAGCCAGUACGGUGACUGUGGUGGACGCCAAUCAAUCGGCAACCGUGCUCGAUGUAUUCCCAGUGUGUGCCUCCCAUUUGUUGUGCAUUGCCUCAGUACCCGGUGCCAUGGAAAAAGAUUAUGCCUUAUUGGAAAAUUCGGAGGUAAUAAAGGCCGGCGAAAUGCUGGAGAGGCCCGGUGAUGGUAAUGAAGGUCUGGGUAAAGUAGAAUUUGUUCGUGUUAAGCCGAAGUCCGAUAAAAACAGUAAUACCAAAGACACCGACCCAUCGUUGGAGGUGAAUGCCGAAACGCCAGUUGAAGAGAAGGCUAAAGAGGCCACAGAGAAAUCAAAUGAGCAAAAUGGCUCGAUACCCAUUGAACCUUUGGGCAAUGUGAAUGAAAUCAAAAUACGCCAGCCCAUACCAGGUGCUCCGCAACGUCUUCAAGCCGACUCCACAUCGAGCGGUACGAAUGGCGCGUCAACCAAUGGGUCGUCGGCGACUGCGACAAGCAAUAACAAUAAUUCUUUGAGUCAACAAUUGCCCUUCUCCAAACCAAACAAUCCAAUACUGGGAACCAAAGACCGCCAGGAGGGUGUUAUGAGUUCGGUUGGUCCCACCAUGUGGAUGGGUGCUCAAGAUGGUUGGUUGUAUGUACAUAGUGCCGUUGGUCGUUGGCAUGAGUGCUUGCAUAAAGUUCAUUUGCCGGAUGCCGUCCUAGCGAUAGUUCAUGUUGAAUCACGGGUCGUAGUGGCCCUUGCAAAUGCACAAUUAGCUGUGUUCCGUCGCCAAACAGAUGGCCAAUGGGAUCUGAAUAGUUAUCACCUAGUUACGCUAGGUGACCGUAAUCAUUCGAUACGUUGCCUCUGUGUGGCCGGCGAACGCAUAUGGGCUGCUCAUCGCAAUAAAAUCUUUAUUGUCGAUCCGGUAUCAUUGAAUGUCAUCCAUUCGCUGGAUGCCCAUCCGCGCAAAGAGAGCCAAGUGCGACAGAUGGCUGCAACUGGUGCUGGUGUAUGGGUUUCAAUAAGAUUGGACUCAACGUUACGUCUGUACAACACCUACACAUUUGAACACAAACAGGAUGUCGAUAUAGAACCGUAUGUAUCGAAAAUGCUGGGCACAGGCAAAUUAGGAUUCUCGUUUGUGCGAAUAACGGCCUUGAUGGUCUCCUGCAAUCGCCUAUGGAUAGGCACAAGUAAUGGCGUUAUAAUAUCUGUACCUUUGACAGAGGGUCCAGGCAAAAUAAGUGAUCCCAGUACUCAACUGCCUACAUGUUGUAUGGCCAAUGCUCAAUUGUCCUUCCAUGGACAUCGUGAUGCAGUUAAAUUCUUUGUUUCUGUGCCGUUGCGUCAAAAUAACAGCGCUCAAUUGCAAUUCACCAACAAACGUCCCGAUAUGCUGGUAAUGUGUGGCGGUGAAGGAUACAUUGAUUUCCGCAUAAAUGACAAUGAUAUGGAGAAGAGCAUUAAUCUGGAACAGAAUCAGACAAUCGAGAAUCGUGGUGACAAAAGUUAUUUGAUUGUUUGGCAUUUUUUAUAAAUAUUUUGUAUACAAAAAGUAGUAGCAGAAGAAGAAGAAGGUGAAAAAGACAACAAAUUUGGAGCAAAUGUAUGGAAGAAAACAUAAACUUAAAGAAAAUGAUGAUAACAUAAACCAUAGAUACCAUAACACCACCAAAUAUUUAAAGAUUUUAAGAAGCCACAGCAGAAGCCCAAAAGGAUUAAAGCUUUUAAAGAGAUUUUUGUUUUUAGGUAAUAUAACCAGGAGUCUAAGUUAAUAUGGAAGGCAUUGUAUUUUUCACUUAAGUUGGCUUUCAUUAUAAGAAAAGAAAAAAAAACAAACAAUUUUAGCUUUAUAUAAUAUUAUGUACUUUGGAACGUAUUACAAAAGAAAAAAAGAAACAACCACAUCAACACAAUUCAAAUAUUACAUGAAUAUUUAUAUAAUAAUUAUUAUUAUUAUUACUAUUAUAUAUAUACAAUGUAGACAAGUGAUAUUGUAAUCCUUUAAAACAAAAACAAAAAAAGUAAAACCCAUAUAAACAACAACAAAUUUGUUAUUAUCUAUCAUUUGGUAUAUAAAAAAAAUGAUAGUAAUAAUGCAAUUAGCAAGCAAACCAAUCAUAUUUUUAAACUUUCUAAUCAAAACCCCCCUUCAAAUAUACCACACACACACACACAUACACACACAUUUUCUUCUUCUCUCAUAACCUUAGACAUCACUAGAAACCUAUAUGGAAAUUUCCUUUUUUUCUUUUUGUUUUUGUACACUUGGUUCUGUAAACUUAAUUUUGUUUUUAAUUUGUUUUAAGCCUUAUAAUUUAUGUACAUAUAAUUUCAAAGAAAACAAAAAGGACCCCCCUCUCCCCCAGCGCUUUGUACAUUAUUUCUCAUUUUAUUAAGUUGUGUAUUUUAUCAAAAAAAACCAAGACAUUUUAUUGUUUUAAAAUAAUUUGUUAAAUUUGUUUGUAAGCUUUUAUUUAAAAUAACAAAAAAAGAAACAAAAACAA